AUCAUGACAAUAUUCGCAUUCCUCAGACACUUGCUGUUAUACACUCUACACUCUUACACUUGAUAUACAAAAAGCCAUUGAAUCAAUCUCUUCAGUUGCUCCCUCAACUACAUCUUACACACUACAACACUCUACUCAAAAUGCCAAACUACAUCGUUACAGAGCCAUCCCCCUCUACCAACGCCUACGUGCGCUCCGGCCGCGGUGGCUACGGCAACAUCAAGAGGUCCAAGGACUCAUCGCACAAGCCCUCAACCACCUCUCACACCGUCACCUCUGCCACUCCCUCGCGGCGCUUCUUUAGCGGCAUCGGCGGAGCUGGCAAUGCCCAUGAGGCGAGCGAGCACCUUCCCAUCUCCCUUGACGAGACGUACGACCGCAUCGCCGCUCGUGACCACCUCUCUGCUGGCCACGUGGGCAUCGGUGGUGCUGGAAACGUCUAUCAUCGCAAGGAUAGCGAUGCUGCUUCUGAUGACUCCGCUGCUAGCGACGACUCUUCUCUGAGCUCCAAGGCCAAGUUGUGGGCCCGCGUGAGCAGCACCUUUAGCAGAGACUAAAAGAACCCUCUUCAACAAUAAAAAAAUAUGGGAGGAAAGAAGGAGAGAAAAUAAUUUCAACAUGUACGAGACACACGAUAAUCAACUCUAGCGUUUGGCGUUUUGGGGGAGGAGGAAAUCAAUUGGGGAUGGGAAACUUGGGAUGGACACUGGGAUCUUUACCUUCUUUUUUCAUCGUCUUAUAGGGCGCGAGUUUUGGUCAAGAUUACUAUACCCCGAGCAAUUGCUCUUUAUAUAUUAUAAAAGUUAUCAAUGAAUCCUUGACUUAUUUCACUUUUUUAGUC